AUGCCGGUGAUGAGAGGGCUGCUGGCCCCGCAGAACACCUUCCUGGACACCAUCGCCACCCGCUUCGAUGGAACCCACAGUAACUUUGUCCUGGGGAACGCUCAGGUCCAGUCCCUCUACCCCAUCGUCUACUGCUCCGACGGCUUCUGUGAGCUCACCGGCUACGCCCGCGCCGAGCUCAUGCAGAAGAGCUGCGCGUGUCACUUCCUGUACGGCCCGGAAACCAGCGACCAGUCCACGGCCAAGAUCCAAGGAGCCCUGGACGAGAGGAAGGAGUUCAAGACCGAGCUGGUGUUCUACAAGAAGGAAGGUUCUCAGUUCUGGUGUCUCCUGGACAUCGUCCCCAUCAAGAAUGAGAAGGGUGAAGUGGUUCUGUACCUCGUGUCCCACAAAGACAUCUCGGACAAGAAGAAGGACCACGACCCGGAACAUGGACCCGACACCGACGAGGAGACGGGUUUGGAGGUGCACCAGGUGACUCGUCCUCCGAGCUUCAACAGCCACCGGCGCCGCAGCCGAGCCGUCCUCUACCACCUGUCGGGUCACCUGCAGAAACAAGACAAGAGCAAACUGAAGCUCAACAACAACAUGUUCGGGGACAAACCUCCGAUCCCAGAGUACAAAGUAGCAGCGAUUCAGAAGUCCCGCUUCAUCCUCCUCCACUACGGGACCUUCAAGGCCGGCUGGGACUGGCUGAUCCUGCUGGCGACCUUCUACGUGGCCGUGACCGUGCCCUACAACGUGUGCUUCACCGUGGUGGGGGGGUGGGACGACGGGGGCAGCAGCUUCCCCCGGAGCCCCCCCAGCGUCAGCGACAUCCUGGUGGAGAUCCUGUUUAUUCUAGACAUUGUGCUGAACUUUCGAACCACUUUUGUGAGCACGUCGGGUCAGGUCGUGUACGACGCCCGCUCCAUCUGCGUUCACUACGUCACCACCUGGCUCUUUGUCGAUCUCAUUGCCGCCCUGCCCUUUGACCUGCUGUAUGCUUUCAACGUCAGCGUGUACUUCGGCGUCCACCUGCUGAAGACGGUGCGGCUGCUGCGGCUGCUGCGGCUGCUGCAGAAGCUGGAGCGCUACUCGCAGUACAGCGCCGUGGUCCUGACGCUGCUCAUGUCCAUGUUCGCGCUGCUCGCUCACUGGAUGGCGUGCGUCUGGUACUUCAUCGGACGCAAGGAGAUCGAGAGCCCGGGCUCCUGGGACAUCGGUUGGCUCCACGAGCUGGCCAAGCGCCUGGGUACGCCAUACUUCCUGUCUCCACUGGCGGCGCUGGUCCCCUCUGUGGGCGGCGGCCUCCCGGCCAACGGCAGCAACAGCAGCGGCAGCGGCAGCCACUGGGGCGUGUCGGGGUCAGAGGUCGGCGGCCCGGCCUCCUGGAACUCCAGCCAGUAUUACGGGAACGUGUCGGGGGGCGAGGCCGUGUCGGGGGCGGCGGCCGGCGCCGGGGGCGUGGCUCUGCUGGGCGGCGGCCCGACGAUGAGAAGCAGCUACGUGACGUCUCUGUACUUCGCUCUGAGCAGCUUGACCAGCGUCGGGUUCGGAAACGUCUCGGCCAACACGGACUCGGAGAAGAUCUUCUCCAUCUGCACCAUGCUCAUCGGAGCACUCAUGCAUGCUGUGGUGUUCGGUAACGUGACGGCCAUCAUCCAGAGGAUGUACUCGCGCCGCUCGCUCUACCACACGCGCACCAAGGACCUGAAGGACUUCAUCCGGGUCCAUCGCCUGCCCAAGGCCCUGGAGCAGCGCAUGCUGGAGUGUUUCCAGACCACGUGGUCGGUCAACAACGGGAUCGACGUCAAUGAGCUGCUGAAGGACUUCCCUGACGAGCUGCGGGCCGACAUCGCCAUGCACCUGAACAAGGAGCUGCUGCAGCUGCCGCUGUUCGAGUCGGCCAGCAGGGGGUGCCUGCGCUCGCUGUCCCUCAUCAUCAAGACGUCCUUCUGCGCUCCGGGCGAGUUCCUGAUCCGCCAGGGAGACGCCCUGCAGGCCAUCUACUUCGUGUGCUCGGGCUCCAUGGAGGUCCUCAAGGACAACACGGUGCUGGCCAUCCUGGGUAAAGGCGAUCUGAUUGGCUCGGACUCCCUCACCAAGGAGCAGGUGAUCAAGACCAACGCCAACGUGAAGGCGCUGACCUACUGCGACCUGCAGUACAUCAGCCUGAAGGGCCUGCGUGAGGUGCUGAGGCUCUACCCCGAGUACGCCCAGAAGUUCAUCAGCGAGAUCCAACACGACCUCACGUACAACCUGCGGGACGGACACGGGGCCGACGUGGACUGGGAGAGCAACGGCGGCCUGGUGAAGAAGCUGUCGUCGAUCCGUGAGGAUGAGGAGGGCGACGAAGAGCAGAACUCAGUGACCCGACCCCCCCGCUCGCCGCUGCGCCUCAGCAGGGGGCUCAGCUCGCCCCUCCGCUCCCCCCUGCUGCCCCCCCGGCCCUUCAGGGCGCCAUCGGACCACACGCGGCCCGCCACCCUGCAGAUCCCCGUGGUCAGCUUCUGCAGCGCCCCCCCGCCGGAGCUCAGCCCCCGAUUCGUGGAUGGAAUCGAAGCAGAGACGAGCUCCACCUCCUCCCAGAGGUUCGAGUUUAGCCCCGCCCUCUCACCUGUAGCGUCUCCCUCACCGUUCUCAGGAAUCCGGGAGCAGACUGAGAUCAAGCAGAGUGUUUCCAAACUGACGGAGGAGAUGAACUCUCUCUCCAAACAAGUGUCCCAGCUCAGCCAGGAGCUGCAGGAGAUGACGCUCCUCCUCAGGCCCCUCCUCCAAACCGCGGUGCAGCCCAUCCUGAUGUCCAUGGUGUCCAAUCUGACUCCGCCCCCUAGCAGCGCCAGCCAGCUGUCGACCAGCGCCUCCCUCGUGGCUCCUCCCACCGCCACGCCCUGUUCCCUGCAGAGACCGGACAGCCUGCUGGACAGUGGAGACAUGGACGCCGUGGACUUGCCCGGAUGUCUCCUCCCGACGCCGCACGCCCUGAGACGACCUCGCUCUCCUCCGGGCGCCACGAGCCCGGUGACCUCUGACCUCCUCUCACCUGUGGAUGGCUUCCCUGAGGCCCCCCCGGCCCCCGGGAGCCGCCACGCCUCCUCCAGUAACGGCUUCAUUGUCCGGGCGCUGCAGGACCCGCCUCCCCCGACCUCUCACACGCCCUCGCCCUCUCUCUCCUUCUCCCUGUCUCUCUCGUCCUCGCCGUCCCUGUCCCCGUGUCAAGACCCUCCCCCGUCCCGAUGUCUGCUGCCCCCGCCUCCCUCCCAAGACUCCGCCCCUCCCCUGUCCUCCCACUGCUCUGCUCCCCCGUCCCUCACGUCCUCUCCUGGUGACCAGCGGCUGGCUCCUCCCCCGCCGCCCGUGCCCCUGGCGUCCCCGGGCGCCCCCCUGCACCCCUCCACCCUCUCCCUGCCCUUGUCCCUGGACCUGGCCAGUGCGUGGAGGAGACAGGGAGGAGACGUCCAGGCUCCGGGCUGGUGUAAAGGACCCGUCCCCCCCGUCCCCCCCCAGGAGCUGGAGAUGCAGGAGUGGGGACGCCACCAGGCGGAGGACGGGAGGGCGUCCGGCGAGCACAUCAGCUUCAUCGAUGAAGAGGAGCCGGCGUUAUGA